CGACAAUGAGCUCUUGAGUAAAUCGCCCUGCGCAAACCUAAUGCUGCUGCUGCACUCUUCUGGAAUACAUCGAAAAAAGAAGAAGCUCCUAGACGGCGGCUGAAACCAUGGGCUCCAGCUCCAAGAAGAAGAAAGAGAAGCAAAAGGACUUCCAGAAGCCCAAACUAAAGGUUGGCAAGACCAGGCCAAAGGCCGACAACUUUACCGACACGAGUUUCAAGGCGAGAUCAAUCGUCGUAACCCAACAGUCACUUCAAACUGCCGCACCCUCGGUCGCCUCGCAGUUUAAUCAUCAGUUGUCUCUCUUAACUCACAAGUCCGACACGCAAAGGCGAGAAUCACUAGCCUACCUCACCGGCGCCAUUAACACGGCCCGCGCCCAAAAUGCUCCUCUUCCUCAACCCGUCUCCAUCAUCAUCCCGCGCACCCUCGCCCUCAUCUACGACAGCUCCAAAGCCGUGCGCGAGCAGCUCCUAAAGCUCUUCCACGCACUCCCGCCCGCCGAUGUUCUGCCUCAUGUCGAAGAGCUCCUCCGGCGCACCCGUGCCGGCCUAACCAGCAUGGCUCUCGACAUCCGCAUCAACUCGCUCGAAGUGCUCGACUGGCUACUGCAGAUCCACCCAGACGAGACAGUUAGCUGCGCGGGUGGCUGGAUCCACACCCUCAAGUGCUUCAUGUCGCUACUGGGGUGGAAGGACGCGUGGGCAACAACAGCCCAGGAGCGCUGGUCGACGGCAUCCAUGAGCGGCAACUCGUCCGGCCACGGCGCCAACGCUGACAAGUCCAAGAAGCUGCGCAUUCAUCAGAUGAAGACGCUCGCGGCGUUUCUCAAGGCCGGGCUGGUACUGGACGAGGAGGCCGUCGCAGCCGCCAAGGCGGAACAGGCUGCGGCUGCACGCCGCUGGUUCCCGCUGCACCAGACUCGGUUCCACAUGGUGGGGGGCCAGGGCCCGAAUGGUUUUGCGCACCUGAACCUGUUUGGCGCGCCAAGGGACGAGGACGCUGACAUGUACCGGGAUCGCCAGGGCAGGCAGCGAGCGUUUGAGAGGUUGAUCCAGCCAGCCACCGAGGCGGGUCUGCCAGGUGCGAAGAAGGAAGGCGGGACGCUUGGAAGGGCUGCUGCUGAGGUAGAGAAGGUCAUCUUGGAUGGAAUGGAUGACUACUUCGCCAGCAGCGGGCCUGCACAGUUAGCUAGCGAGCUCGGUGCGUGAUCAACUUCCCUUGUCGGUCGAGGGCCUGAAUCCAGCUCAUGCGCGUCGGUCAAGAGUAUGGCAGUAUAUCUCUCUGCCUCUGGUGGAUUGACCCGGCGCGGUGGUCGGUAUUUGGGUGCCAGGAAACAUCGCUUGUUGUUCUCUUUUAAACAGUACCGCCGGCUUUCACCUGGCAGCUGCAAAGUCUCGGAACGAAUACCAUGUUUCUGCUCAACAUUCUUCAUUGUCCAUCCUCAACUGUUAAUAGGCGGUUAAAAU